AUGCGCACUCAGUUUGACCUACAGUUUCUGGAGAUCAUGGCUGCGGUAGGGUUGAGCCAGCAGGUGCGCCAGUUCAGCACUACAGUCAUUCGACCUGUAGCCAAGUUAGUCAAGCCCCCCAUUCAGGUGUACGGAGUGGAGGGCCGCUAUGCAACUGCACUGUUCUCAGCUGCCAGCAAGCAGAAGAAGCUGGAUCAGGUGGAGCAGGAGCUGGGCCGUGUGUCUACCUUGAUCAAGGACCCCAAAUUGUCCGGCAUUGUUAUGAACCCCCAUGUGAAGCGCAACAUCAAGCAGAAGACCUUCAACGACGCACUGACCAAGGAGAAGCUCUCGCCCAUCACCAUCAACCUCAUUAAUGUCCUAGCAGAAAAUGGCCGCCUGACCCUGACUGCCGAUGUCAUCGCCGCCUUCGGGAAGAUGAUGAGCGCCCACCGUGGGGAAGUCAUCUGCUCAGUUACUACUGCCCAGCCCCUGGAUGAGGCCAACCUUGCAGAGCUGAAGACCGCACUUAAUGGGUUCCUGCAGAAGGGUGAGAUGCUCAAGCUGGAAACUAAGAGCGAUCCUUCCAUUUUGGGCGGAAUGAUAGUCAGCAUUGGGGACAAGUACGUUGACAUGUCCACAAAGACCAAGAUCCAGAAGCUGACCAAUAUCAUGAAACAGACUUAAGUCCUGUGGACUCAUUAGUUGGAAUAUUGGGGAUCAGUGCCUUCCAAGGCCUGAAUUGUCGUAAAAAGGUGUAUCUGUGUUCAUAACAACUUUAAUAAAUAUUCUGUAAUGUGGAA